AUGUCAGGAACAGAAGCACAAGCAGCUGCAGCUACGAAUGAAAAGAACUUGCAAAAGGACCCCGUCACUGGAGAAAUGAUCUCCAAGUCCGAAUUCAAGAGACGCCAAAAGCAACGUGAAAAGGAAGCAGCCAAGGCUGCUAAGGCUGCCAGCGCCCCUGCCACUGCUUCUAAGCCCAAGAAUGCUGAAGAGGGUGAGGAUGAGCUUAACCCCAACCAAUACUUUGAGCUUCGCAGCAAGACCAUUCUCGCACGUCGUGAAGACAAGAGCCCCAAUCCCUAUCCUCACAAGUUCCAAGUGGAGAUGACUAUCCCUGAAUUUAUUGAAAAGUACAGCGACAUUGCUACUGGUGAACGUAACGACGAUGUUGUUGUUACUGUUGCUGGUCGUAUCCAUAACAAGCGUGCCUCUGGUGCUAAGCUCCGAUUCUAUGAUCUCCACGGUGAUGGUGUCAAGAUCCAAAUCAUGGCUUCUGCCCAAGACAACGAAGGUGAUGAUUAUACCAGCAUCCACGAUUUGCUUCGCCGUGGUGAUGUUGUUGGUGUACGUGGUGUUCCUGGCAAGACGAAGCGUGGUGAGCUUUCCAUUUUCCCCAAGCAGAUCCAACUCUUGUCCCCUUGCUUGCGUAUGUUGCCCAAGGCCCAUUAUGGUUUCAAGGAUCAGGAAUUGCGUUAUCGUCAACGUUACCUUGAUUUGAUCAUGAACAACAAUGUCCGUGACAAGUUCAUCACUCGCUCCAAGAUCAUCUCUUACUUGAGAAAGUUUUUGGAUGAACGUGGUUUCCUUGAAGUCGAGACUCCCAUGAUGAACAUGAUUGCUGGUGGUGCUACUGCUAAGCCUUUUGUCACCCAUCACAAUGACCUCAACUUGGACAUGUUCAUGCGUAUCGCUCCCGAAUUGUACCUCAAGAUGUUGACUGUGGGUGGUUUGGAUCGUGUCUAUGAAAUCGGCCGUCAAUUCCGUAACGAGGGUAUCGAUCUUACCCACAACCCCGAAUUCACUACUUGCGAGUUCUACUGGGCCUAUGCUGAUAUGUAUGAUGUGAUGGAGUUGACUGAGCAGCUCUUGUCUGGUAUGGUGAAGAGCCUCUUUGGCAGCUACAAGAUUCAAUACCACCCUGAUGGUCCUGAUGGCGCACCUUUGGAUAUUGAUUUCACUCCUCCCUUCCGCCGUGUCGACAUGAUCGAGACUCUUGAAGAGAAGCUUAAUGUCAAGUUCCCUCCUACCAACGAAUUGGAUACCGAUGAGACCAACAAGUUCCUUUCCGAUCUCUGCAUCAAGCACAAUGUUGAUUGCUCUGCUCCUCGCACCAAUGCUCGUCUUCUUGACAAGCUUGUUGGUGAAUUCAUUGAAGAAAGCUGUAUCUCCCCCACUUUCAUUAUGGGUCACCCAAUGAUGAUGUCGCCUUUGGCCAAGAAGCAUCGUGAGCGUGAAGGUCUUUGUGAACGUUUCGAACUUUUCGUUGCCACCAAGGAAGUGUGCAAUGCUUAUACCGAGUUGAACGAUCCCUUCGAUCAACGUGAGCGUUUCGCACAACAAGCCAAGGAUAAGGAUGCUGGUGAUGAUGAAGCUCAAAUGAUCGAUGAGAACUUCUGCCAGGCUCUUGAAUUUGGUCUUCCACCCACUGGUGGUUGGGGUAUGGGUAUUGAUCGUCUCACUAUGUUCUUGACCAACUCCAACAAUAUCAAGGAGGUGCUUCUUUUCCCUGCCAUGAAGCCCGAGGAAAACAACUAA